AUGAUGAUGGCAAUGAUGGCAAUGACCAUGAAAGGCAAAGGAGGUAAGGGCAAAGGCUUCGGUGGAGGCUGGGGUAAAGGCGGAGGUGGAGGUAAUCUCUGGCUGGCGAGCUCUGAGUCAGUCUUCGUUGGCGGCCUGCCGCGAACCUGUACCGAGGAUCAGCUUCGAACCCACUUCUCCUCGUUCGGCCCCGUUGUGAAUGUGGACAUGGGAAUGGACCCUGCCACAAUGGCGUUUCGCGGAUUUGCCUUCGUGUCCUUCGUGAGCAAAGAAAUUGCUCAGGCUGUUCUCGACAACUAUGCUGACAACUAUUUCAUGGGUAAGUGGAUUGACUGCAAAUCAGCUGAUCUAAGCAAAAUGCAGUCACUCCGGUCGCAAAACAGUGCUGCCGCAGGCCAACCUGUAAUGAUGCAGGCAGGCUCGGUUAGAGCAGGCCCUUACUGA